UUACAGACCAAUACCAUCGCUGCGCCCGCCGCGCCAUCCACCACUCCGUUUUACCUCAGUCAGCAACAUGGAAGCCAAAAUUCCUUAGUCUCUCUUUCGUCAGGGCUGACCUAUUGGAGGUUAGACGAGAAGGAAAUGUAUCAAGCAUUGCCUAAGAAUUUAGGGAAUGAAUUUUCUACGUUCUCAACAAAGGACUCCUCUGAACAGCUGUCUUCCAGUGACGAGCUGAAGCUUAUGUCCUUAAAGGAGAUUUAUCAUAAGAAACAGAAGGAAGACAAGCAACUUGUAGAGUGGGAUUUCACUCCUCUCCACUCCACUCAUCCCCCAGAGAUCCUUACGCUCGACCCAACGCUCCACAUGAAACCGAGCGAGCGGAACGCGGGGCGGCCUUUGCCUAGGUUCUACGCCAGCCCAGAGCCGGCACCGUUUUCUCCCGAUUCCAUGGCAGGUCCUGCUUUUUCGCUUCCUUCGGAGGCGGAUUCCUUUUCUCCCACGAGCACGGUGGUGUCCCCUCGCUCCGCCGAGUCUCCCCGAUACGCCCCUCGCUCAGCAGCGGCCUUGCAUGUGGGUCCCUGGGGCGCUUGUGAAUUUCAGAACGCAGCCAACGUCGCUGGCUCUCCUCAUCGAGACCGUGAGAUUUUGGACAUGGGUGACAACGACAACUUAACCCUCACACCAUCUUCCGAAGCCCGAUCCCCGAUUCCGUCGGCUGAUAAUCGUUUGACGCAGCAGGAACUUUCCGUGCCUUGCGUGGAAGAUCCCCUGGUGCUCUCCAAGUGCGAGCAGCUAGAAACCUCUCUGCACGAAGCCAACGGCCGGAUGCGAUCUCUUGAAAAUAAAAACAAGGCCUUAGAGAUGGAAAUAACCGAUUGGCGGGAGCGCUCCGGCGCCCUCAGUACCACCACCAAAUCCUUGCAGGAGCGCAUCGAAGAGAUGCGCACGAGCGGCAAGGACAAAGACAACACCAUCAGCCGCCUCAAGAGGAGACUCCGAGAUCUGGAAGAGGCCUUUGAGAAAGUUUACAAGCUCUCUGACAACAAGGAUGCCCGGUUAAAGGAAGAAAACAAGAUGUUUCAAAACCUUUUGGGAGAAUACGAAUCCCUCGGGAAGGAGCACGAACGAGUUAAGGAUUCUUUAAAUAUUACUGAGAACAAAUUACUCGAUGCGCACACUCAAAUCUCUGAUUUGAAGAGGUAAUAUUGGACCCUUUAAUUCUAGAAAAGCAAUGAAACGACCAAAGAUUCUCCAGUUUUUAUAUUUUUAAUUGCAUUUUUAUCAGCAUAUGUCACGAUUAACUUAACUGCGUCUUCAUUGAAGGUUACUGUCCAGCAAAGUCGCUAAAUCAAAUCUAGCAAAAAACUAGCUUAUAAAACUCUGGGCAUAGACCUUUAAUUAAAAAAAAUAUUUCAAGUUGAAAGGGAAAUCCGACUUAUUCUCUUUGUUUCAUUCCAGUGUUUAUCGUUUUCCAGAAUUGUUGAGCGUUAGAUCUUUGUCACCAAAUAUGGAAGAAUGAUUUAACCCAAUCGUAACAUUUCCAGCAGUUUUUAUUUCUGAGCAAAGUUUUUAUUUUAUUUUUUCUUAACAUACAGAUAAUAUAAUCCAAAGCACAUCUAUACAUCUUAACAAACAUUUUUUCAAUAUUCAAUAGUACAUCAGCUAACUACAGCUAGAAUAGCAUUUGCCCAAUGCUGGAAACAAA